AGGUGGAGCGCGCGGCGCCGGGCGCUCGGCCAUGUCAGUGGAGAGUGCGAGGCAGGGGCCGUGGCCCGGGCCGGAGCAGGGGCCGGGGCCGGGGCCGGGGUCCGAGCCGGGGUCCGAGCCGGGGUCGCUCUGCCCCGAACACGGCCAGGCUCUGAGGUGGUUCUGCUGCUCUGAACGACGGCCCGUGUGCGCCGCCUGCGCGGGACUGGGCGGCCGCUGCCGGGGGCACCGCAUCCGCCGGGCCGAGGAGCGCGCGGAAGAGCUGCGGAACAAGAUUGUGGACCAGUGUGAGAGGCUGCAGUUACAGAGUGCUACCAUCACCAAGUAUGUGGCUGACAUCCUGCCAGGGAAGAACCAGAGAGCAGUGAGCACAGCCAGUGCAGCACGGGAACUGGUCAUCCAGCGGCUGGGUCUGGUGAGGAGUCUGUGUGAGAGCGAGGAGCAGAGGCUGCUGGAACAGGUGCACGGUGAAGAGGAGCGGGCCCAUCAGAGUAUACUGACACAGCGAGUACACUGGGCCGAGGCACUGCAGAAGCUCGACACCAUCCGCACCAGCCUGGUGGACAUGCUCACCCAUCUGGAUGACCUCCAGCUGAUUCAGAAGGAGCAGGAGAUUUUUGAAAGGACGGAGGAAGCAGAGGGCAUUUUGGAUCCCAAGGAGUCGGAAAAGUUAAACUUUAAUGAGAAGUGCACUCGCAGCCCACUACUGACCCAGCUCUGGGCGACAGCCGUUCUCGGGUCCCUCUCAGGCACAGAGGACGUGCGUAUCAACGAGAGGACUGUCAGCCCCUUCCUGCAAUUGUCAGAUGAUCAAAGGACCCUGACCUUCAACGCCAAGAAGUCCAAGACCUGUGCAGAUGGCCCGGAGCGCUUUGACCACUGGCCCAAUGCCCUGGCCACCACUUCCUUCCAGGCUGGGCUGCAUGCCUGGACGGUGAACGUCGAGAACAGUUGUGCCUAUAAGGUGGGUGUGGCCUUAGGCCAGCUGCCCCGCAAGGGUUCUGGCAGUGACUCUCGUCUGGGCUACAAUGCCUUCUCCUGGGUCUUCUCCCGCUACGACCAGGAGUUCCGUUUCUCACACGAUGGGCAGCAUGAGCCCCUGGCACUGCUGCGCUGCCCAGCUCAGCUGGGGGUGCUGCUGGACUUGCAGGCACAGGAGCUGCUAUUCUACGAGGCAGGCUCGGGCACGGUGCUCCACACCCACCAUGCGUCCUUCCCUGGGCCCCUCUUCCCAGUCUUUGCUGUGGCUGACCAGACCAUUUCCAUCGUCCGCUGACCUUUAGCCAUGGGGAGACCAGGUCUACCUCCCCACCACUCUUUCAGGCCAUAUUUCUACCCAGUGUCUUUUUCCCAGAUGUUGCCUGUGCCCAAUGGGCAGCUUUUAGGAGGGGUUCUGGGUACAACCAUUAAAAGCCAGGUAUCUGUGGGGAACCUGCUACUCCCUGGGCCUUGGUUUCCCAAAUGCACUGUGCAUCUGCCCCUCUGAGGGUGUCUUGUUCACCACUUUCUCUCUGGCAUCCAGCAUGGUACCUGGUGCAUAGUAAGUGUGCGAUAAAUAUUUGGCCAGCAAGUGGACGUAUGGACGGACGGAUGGAUGGGUGGAUGGACAGGUGACUGGAUGCACGUGGUAGACUCUUCUGAAGCAGCACUGCCCCCAGUAGAUGCCGUUCUCUGGCAGAAAGGCCUGUGGCUGAAGCUCUGUCAUCCCCUCAGUUCAGUGUUUCUCAGUCCUUUUCAUGACACGGCAUACAGAGGAAAUAUUUUUCUAGCACAAGGACAACCUGGAAGGGAUUUAGAACUCCUGCCAGGCUGCUGUUGGCCAGAGGACUCCGGCCUGUAGGGCUGUGGCCUCACCCAGGUUUUGCAUAGCCACUGGGAAGACUGAGGGGACCCUGUCUCCAGGUAGCCUGGCUGCGGUACACCCAUUGGCAGUGCUGUCUUGGACUAGGCAGGGCUCCAGCCAGCACCCACCCGUGGCAACAGGGAUGAGCUUUUUCCCCAACUGCAGCUGAUGUGUGCUCCCAACUAAUGCCUUCUCUAACAUAAUGUGGGGACCAGGGUGAGGCCUUCAAGCCAGAAAGGGCUGAGGGAGUAAGAGGGCCAGCCUUAGGGAACAUGUACAUUAUUA